AUGGAGACUAAAAUACCACUUGUACAGUCAGUAGCAAACAUCAUAGACAAGGCGAUAUGCUGCUACUCUACAGAGCCAGACACAGAAUCAAACCGGAAUGUCCCUGGAGAGAUCGCCGGAAUCGACCACAGGGUCGAAAGGUCGCUCGUUCGACGAUUGGAUUUGAUAUUACUCCCAACCCUUUCAUUGGUCUACCUAACGCACAGCCUUGACCGUGCCAAUCUCGGAAAUGCCAAAACCUCAACCCUAGAACGAGAUCUCGGUCUCGUAGGGAAUCAAUAUUCAUUGCUCCUAAUCCUCUUCUACAUCCCUUACUCCAUAUUCGGUAUCCCCGCCACAAUCCUUGCCAAACAAUACAGCUCAGCACUAGUCAUUCCAUUGUUGGUCCUGGGAUGGGGAAGUCUAGCCAUGAUCCAGGCGGCAGCCAAAGACUUCGGCGGGAUGAUGGCUUGCAGAAUCAUACUGGGCACGAUGGAGGCUGGUUUUCUGCCGUGUGCGAUUUUCUAUUUGUCAAUGUUUUAUACGAAAACGGAGUUGGCGAAGCGGCUGUCUGUUUUUUUCCUUAUGGGGUUCAUUGCCAGUGCUAUCAGCGGCCUCAUAUCCUGGGGCGUAUUCCAAUGGGACCGCUCCCUUAAAGACAGCGUCCAGAAAUCGCGAUACUUCACCCCUGCUCAAAUACAAUGCGCCUCUUUAAGGCUUGAGCACAACCCGGAAAAUGAAUUCAAUUUCAAAGAAGGCUUCAUAGUGCUCAUGGACUGGAAAAUAUGGCUUUUCGCCCUUUCGGGGUUGUUGUAUGGUGUGGGCGCGACAAGUACAUCCAACUUCUUACCCGUUAUGAUCCAACGGCUGACCCAGGACACUGUGCGAGCAAAUCUGUAUACCAUUGGCCCUAAUCUGACGGGCGCGUUUUUCAUGUAUGUUGGUUGCUGGGUCUCAGACAGCAUACAACAGCGCGGUCUGGUUUCGAUUGUGGUUGUCUCUGUAUCGAUGAUAGGUUGGAUUCUCUUGGGGACAUUGGAUCUGGUGGAUCAUGUCAAACUCGGGUAUUUCCUUACUUACCUAUUAACUUUCGGCACAUUCGUCCCUCUCCUUCUUGUCCCAGCGUGGGUAGGUGCAAAUACGCGGACUACUUCUUCUCGUGCGGUGGCAUUGGGAUUCUUGUCUACGAGUGCAAACUUGGGAGGGAUUGUGUCGUCUGGAGUGUACAGAGCGCAGGAUGCGCCGACUUAUAGACCCGCAUUGAUUACGGUGUUUUUGUGUCAGGCUGUUUUUGUGAUGAUUUGUAUCGUGAUGAGGGCUGUUUAUGCGAGGAUGAAUCGGGAUUUGGCGAGGGGGGUAGCUGUUGUUGUUGAGGGGGUUGAAGUGAGAAGAGGGUUUAAAUUCAUGCUGUAG